AUCACAUCGCCCGCCGGACGCCCUUGCCCCUCUUCUCUCCUUGUACAUAGCUAUCCACCUGAUUGAUCUGUCUUAUUGACUUCCCCUGCGGCCAUGUAUCGCCCUUCCCGCCACCCGCCGCCCAAGGGCCCAUCUGCACCUGGGCUGCGGCAGGCGGCGGCAGCAGCAAACACCAACACCAACGCCACCGCCACUACCGCCGCCCUCAGUGGCCCACAUCCGAGAGAGAGGAGCCGCGAGAGGAUGGUGGAGAGGGACGUGAUGCCGCCGCCGGGGAUGAGUGAGCGGUCGCCGUCGCCGCGGCACAUGAACUACCACCUCUAUGACCAGAUCGGCAGGGGCAGGACCACUGAAGUCUUCAAGGUUAGCACGGGCCUGUGUGUGAAUGUGUUGACUUGACCUGUGUGUCGGUGUGUCUGUGUGGGUCUGUGUCUGUGUGUUCAGGGUCGUCGCAAGAACACGAUAGAGUUUGUGGUGUUGAAGCGGUACCCCAAAAAUCAGCGGGAGUUCGUCCUCAACGAGGUAAGGCAACCAACACACACAAGACACACACAAAACAGAUCGCACCGCUGUCCAUAACCUCCCUCACUUCUCUGUGUGUGUCGUUGUGUCGCAGGACCGUGUGAUGCGUCACCUGGCCUCGUAUAACCCGCUGCAGAACCCCUCUGACCCCUACCACAUGCCCCUGCAGUCGUCCAUGAUCCUCAGGGGCUCCCACAUCAUGCCGUCAGACUCCAUCGCACCACACGCCCACGUGCUGGGCGGCGGGGGCGUGAUAGAUGACGGCGGUCGGUGGCACGAGAACAUCCUGCGGUACAUUGAGCAGUUCGAGAGCAGAAACCACGUGUGGGUCGUGUAUGAGUACUGCCCAGGUGAGAUGGCGGAGAGACUGGGUGCACUGAGUGCAUCAGUGAGUGUGUCUGUGUCCGUCCAUUCAGGUCAGGACCUGCGCACCGUGUUGACGAUGGACGGACGGGUGAGCAACAAGCACACACAUUGACAGAUGACGGAAGGUGAAAGUGGUCGGCUUAUAUGUUCUCCUUUCCGUGUGUGUCGAUGGAUGCCAUCCCCCCAUUUCAUUCAGAUGCCCGAGAUAUCGCUGCAGGACUUCGGUCGUGCGAUGGCGUGCGGCAUACGAUACCUCCACUCACAGGGAUUCGUCCACGGAGAACUCGCGUAAGCCAAGCCAAGCCACGACAUUACACACACCCACACACCCACACAUCACACACACCCGACCAUGGAGAUGUGUGUGUCUGGUGUUGAUAAUAUAAUUGUGCCCACAGCCCCGGCAAUGCGUUGUUCAACGAGUCUGGAGUGCUGAAGCUGCGCAACUUCGGCGCCACCCGGUCGCUGGACGAGCUGCUGCACGAGAUACAGUUGGACGCCGGCCUGCCGCUCAGAGGCAGCAUCGGACAGCAACACACGCCACACAGACGGGUCAAUGAACCACGGGAGGGAGGGGGAGGAAAGCACUCAGCCGUGAGCUAUACAGCCAUGCAUGUGUGUGUGUGUGUGUCAGGCUGAGGGUUUGGAGGUGAUGGGUGCGCCGUGCUACUGGUCGCCAGAACUCAUCAGAAGCGGUACAGGCAACACAGAGGGAGGGAAGACAAUGGUCCGUGGUGGAUCGGGGUGUGUGUGUGUGUGUGCAUGUGUGUGUAGGUAUGAUCCCGACGAUCCACAGCGACCUGUGGGCGUACGGGUGCAUCCUGUACGAGUCGCUCAUGGGGCACAUUCCCUUCCAGGCAGACACCGUCGAACAACUCAAACAGUAAAUAAGAUGACACAAGCAAGAAGUUUGUUAGUUAGACAAGAGCCAGUGCAGUGUCACCAGCCGAGCCGCUUGAUACUUUGCUGCUGUUGCGUUUGGUGUCUGUCUGUCUGUCAGCAUGAUCCUGGCGCAAGAGGUAGAGUUCCCGCCCAUCGACAAGGCAGCCCCCAGACGAGCAGCCAGAGGUACCCAACGCACAGCAUUCCCAGACACGUGCCUGCACACCUACUCUUGUCCUUGUGUCAGGCGAUCGCAAGUAUGACUCGCGUGGCGCCCGCAAGGUCCCUCCCGACGACCCGCGCGACGUGCGCAUCACUCCCCAGCUGCUGUCGCUGCUCAAGGGGCUGCUCACCAAGGACUGGAGACACAGAAUCACUUGGGAGUACGCCACUCCACGCCAGCCCUUACACAGACAGACAGGACAUCCACCUGUGACUGACUGAUGUCAUGUGAUCGUUAUCCUUUCAUCCUUUCAGAGACCUGGUCUCUCACGAGCUCUGGGACCCUCCCCAAGUGGCCCUCACACCCACUGAGAGAGCCCAGCUCGACAAGUACACCGACAUCAGCCUACAGAUCCUACGCGCCACUGUGGGCGACUCCGACGACCUCCCCCCCUCCCCCAUGGUCAGCCGACAGAUGGGCGACGAGGCCGCAUACCAGGACGACGCCUACGUCGACGAGGACGAUCGCAUGAACGCGGCCCUGCACACGCCCAUCAAGCGCGGCAGCCACGGGAGUGCCGGUGGCUUCAUCCGCGACCCCGCAAGACCGCCUUAUGCCGAGGAGCCCGAUCGGUAUCGGCCGUCGUCCACCCACGACAGGCAGGAGUACCGCAGAGAGCGGACGGCGAUGCGGCCGCAGCGGCGGCAGGACAGGGACAGGGAGGACGAGAGCCCUCACCGCCUGAUUGCCUCCCCAGCUGUGGUGCGCCGUCGACACGCCAAUGACACAGACAACAGCCACGUCACGCCCGAGGCCACCAGCUCUGUCGCGGCGAUCGACCAGCAGCAGCAUCAGUAUCAGCAGGAGAGCCCCGGUGACAUCUAUGAGCAGUUCAAUGGGGAGGUGCCGCCCCAGAUGGACCAUGACGACGACGAUGAGCAAGAGGGAGAGGGGGAGGAUGGGGAUGGUGGGGGCGGCAGACGGGGUGUGGAGGACCACCAGAUGCCCCGGCUGACCAUGCUGUCCAACGUGCAGCCAACCAAACGCGCCAAACUGGAGAAACUGCUGGUGAGACAGACAGAGGAUGACAGUAAGUAUCUUCAGCUGUGCGUAUUGGCGUCUGUUUGUGUGUGCGCUGCGCAGUGUGAGGUGGAGGGCAGUGGUGGAUUCGCCCGCCGGCAGCCAAUCUACGACCAGCACCUCGUCAAAAUAGACACAGUAGGCAGGCAGGCAGGCAGGUACACCAUACCAUCAGAGAGAGGAUCACCCCAGCGCACAGUGCAGUUGUCCCACUCCUGUUUGGUUGGUCAGUAUGGAAGCAAUGGAGGUGACGACACCACCCUUGCCGACGAGGAUUGGGAGCAAGACUGGCGGGCCCACGCACCCUUCAGCCUGCCGAGCUUCGACGCACUCAAACGCAAAUUGCAGGUGGGGUGGGUGAGAAACACACUGCACUCACUGCAUGCAUCAACGAUCGUCCCUUCCUGCACCACAUAGCGUGACGAGAUGUACCUCCCCUCCCUGCUGUCGUCGAUCUUCAAGACACUCGCCGCCAACGAGCCAUACGGGCGGUCCACACCUUCGUCACAAAGCGACACCUGCACCACGGAGCAGAAGACAGCCGUGGUCAAGUACGUCGGCUGUCUCGCCGAAGUGGGCUGGCCCGGGCUGGCCGACGCACUCCUGCGGUCGCAACUGACCAAGCUGCUCGUCAAUGUUGUCCAGUAAGCAACAAAGAGAGAGACCACAACACGCGUGUGAGGGUGUAUGUGUGUGUCAGUCACGAGACGUCUCCCCCACGAGCCUCGUACCGUGUGGCGACCCUCUCGGCAUUGGGUCAGAUGAUCCGCCACGGCGGUGACCUGCCAGUGGAGCUGGGCAGGAGCUACAGGCUCUGGGAUGUCCUCAUCAACAUACUCACCAAGGCACCCGAGGGCGACCACGACGUCAAACUCACCAGACAACUCAGGUAGGUACCUGACAUACCAUGCGCUGGCAGGGCAGGGCAGCAUACACACCUGACAGGUGUUCCUCUUGGUGUUGUCCGUGCAGGCGUCAGGCCGCUGCGACGUUUGGCGAGCUGCUGUACUAUGUGGCUGUGACCCACAAUCGGCAGCGGCCGUCUGGUGAUGGCUUCCCCACACCAGACGACGCCCCUGCCAUCAUCAAGAAGCUCAUCAUCGACAGGCGGACGGUCGGCGAAGACCCGGUAAGCCAGGCAGACGAUAUGCAAUGCUAUGCACGUGUGUCUAUCCCUCUUUCCAAUGGAUCUAAGACGUUCUUCCGUGUGUCUCUUUGUGCAGAUUGUCGUGCAUUUCGCGGUUCGGACGCUCGGCAACAUCGCCACAGCAGCCGGCAGAUGUAACUAGCGCUCGCAAAUACGAACAACACACACGCCAAUGCACACGCACACACACACGUAGAAUCUUGGUUCUCUGCGUGUCCGGUUCUAUCUAGGGGCGUUGGAGCGUUUGCUGCCGACAUCCAACGAGGCGUGGCAAAUCUUCUACAACCUGGCGUGUGAGGCCAUGAUCAUCUGCUCAGCACCACGCACACGCCCAACCACACCUAGGGCAGCCGCCCACUGGCAGGCACACCCCUUCUCACCCACACCCACCAGACAGCAGCAGCAGCAGGACGCCCGCAUCCCAUCAGCAGCAGCACCAUCACCAGCAGCAGCAGCAGCAGGGGGCCCCAUUGCUCACCUCGACGAUUGGGGGCAGACAGAGGAGCCCGACCAGACAACCCACGAGUGGUCGCCCUACCUCCUGGCGGUGGAGUGCCUCAAGACCUUGUCUGAGCUGGCCACUCUGGCUCCCAAGUGGUGGCAUGGGCUGCUGAAUGUGUGGGCGGCGGUGUACGAGAGGGGCGAGGAGAUGGGGGUCUACACGCGGGAGAUGACGCCCAACGUGAGGGAGAUGAUGCGGGCCGCCAUGUGCUCUCACAUGGGGGAAGCGGCACACGCUGGGGUCAACCUGGCCCUCGUGGGCAUCGUCCAUGCCAAGUGCGUGGCCGGGCACAGCACAUCUGAUAUGCACGCCUUGAGAGCUUUGAUGAGAUGGUGGUGUCAGGUGCAAUUGAGUGUAUGUGAUGGUUGUGUCCUCUGUGUGUGUCGGUGUGUGUGUGCAGCGACGUUGAGAUGCUCCAGGACUUGUUUCAGGGCGACAUGCUGUCCACUGUGCUGCAGCUGCUCAACACGCGCAGACCACUGCCAAACGACGUCAAAGCCAAGGUAAGGAAGGUCGGCAGACACCCAUCCCACUGGCCGACCCACAUCUCUCUGUUGGUUCAGGUGAUGCUGUGCAUUGAGUGUCUGAUGGGGACCGACCUGAUCUUCCUCCUGUGGUCGCUCGAGUACGACCUCAUGCCGUUCAUCGACGGGCUGUGGACCGCACGGGCCGGCGAGGAUAGAAGCGAAGUGGACGAACAAGACAGACAGCUCGACACGGCACUCGAACUCACAGUAAGUAAUCUCAUGGGUGGGGAGUGCCGUGUGUGGGUGUGGGUGAGUGCUGCAUAUAUGGUAUGUGGAUGCUCCCUCCUUUGCAGUUGGCGACGUUGACCGAUUUGGUUCCCAGCCUGAUCACCCAGCUCGAGCAAGACGCGCAGUCCGCCGUGCAGAACCCCAAUGGCCAUCCCGAGCUGACGCUAGAGGAGAUUAUCCGCGGCUGCUACGACUACCUCACCGUGCCCAUGCAGCUGCUCUCAUCCGCCAUCCCCAAGGCGCGAUCCACAUUCAUGACGCCCAACCUCAUCCAGAACCUCUCCAAGCUCACCGACCACUCGGGCUGCGAGCCGCUGCGGAGCGCGCCGGUGGAUGUGCGGUCGAGGGCUCUGGAAGUGAUGGAGGGGAUGGCUGGUGAGAUAGUGGGGGGCAAGAGGGUGGUGCUGGUGGGGGAGGGGGCGGUGGAGCCCGAGCUGCUCGACGCCAUCAACCAGGCCAUGAUACCCACACUGACACGGCAAAUGUGAGCUAAGCACACCACACGAGACAGACACCGAGAGAAGCAUUCUGAUGGUAUUGUGGCAUGGGGUCGUUGCAUUCACUGCAGGUCGCCCCAGAAUGGCCCCAUGGUGUGUUUCCAGUCGCUCAAGGUGCUGCACAUCCUCAUCCCGCCUCUCAUGCACGACCUCCACUCCCUCAUGCCGCCCCCUCCCGCCCGCAAGCCCCCCAACCCACCACACGAGUGGCGAUCCAUCCUGCGUCGACCACCGGUGGGCUUCCACGUCUUCGUCAAGAGCGAUCGCACCCGCAAGCAGAGGGAUGACGGCUCUGGCUUCGCCCUGUGGAGCCGACUGAUGCAGCUCACACAGCCCAACGCCCCACAUGCAGAUGUGGCGCGGCUGUCGAGAGGCCACCACCAGCCCUCUGCUGACGUCCUGGGGUGUGUGGACCAGCUGCGGGUGCUGCUGGUGACGCAGGUGAUGGGUCAGCUGCUGCCGCUGCUUGACAUGGAAGACAGCCAGGGCCAGGGGCAGGACCAGGGAGGUGCGCCGCUGCGUCAGUACAGCCUCACGUUUUGGUUUGCCAUGCUCAAGAGCUCGCCCACACUGCUGGGGCUGCUGCCGGACCAGCCAGAGGGGCGGGAUGAGGGGAGAGAGGGCGGCCGCGGUGGUGGUGGUGAGGGGCAGUGGACGCUCAAGGCACAGCGGGCCUAUCUCGUGUCCACACUCAACAGAUUCAUAGAGAAAUUCCAGGUGGGUGACAACAACACAACAUAACACAACUCACAGGCAGGGCGCGAGUUUUGGUCUUACUUACCUUGACGCUGUUUCUUCUAUCGUUGUGUGUGUCAGCGUUCGAAUGCCGUGGGUUUGUUCGAGAAGAGUCGGGUCAGUCUGGAGGGCAUUCUGACGCUCAUCGCCCACACGCAGCACAUCCGCCACUCGUCCCCGUCGGCCCCGCAGCCCAUCCCUUACAACUGGCACAUCGCUGCUCUCUUCUCCCAGUUCUGGAAGCACCUCGCCGCACAGCUGGUGGACGACCGCUUCUCCCUCCUGCAGGCGGUUCACUCGCGCGACCGGCUGCUGAUGGAGAGGGAGAACGCCGACGUCAUGAAGAGCGUCGAGGCCCCCGACAACGACAACAAGGGGGCGGACACGGCCGCUGUGGAGAGGCGAUCGGUGGCUGCCGUCAAGGACCUAGAGGACCACAUGACGGCGUGGCAGCUCAACCCCAUCCAUGGUGGCGACGAUUCUGACGCGUUGCAGGACGAGUACGCGGCCAUCCGGGGCGCCAAUGACACGCUCGACGGACUGGUGCCGCCCCUCAGCACCGCCCUCCAGUCACUGGCCCGCUCUCUCCCCCCCGCCAGCUCAUCGUCUGUGAUGGACCCGUCGCCCAUGUCCAUGAGCACGUCGCUGCGGGAGUCGUCUCUCUUCAGCGAGAAGGGAGGGCUGCUCGGUGGUCGUGCGGGGCGGCUGAUGGAGAGUCUGCUCAAGGUCGCUGCGGCCGAGGCAGCCGCCAUCGCCCAUCCACCGGAGAUGACCAUAAGCAGCGAUCGUGUCGGUGUGGGUGUGUCUGACAUGGCGGGUGGGGGCCUGAUGGCCGAGGCGCGGGAGGAGGAGGCCCUGAGUCGCAUCACUGAGGGGCGGACCGAGGUGGCCAAGAUGAUCAAGGUCGGCCUGGCGGCCACCCAAGCAGCUCUGACCCUCUUGUGCAUCGCCUACCACCACUCACAGUGGACCAGCCCCCCACAGCACACCAGGCUCAAGGACACCACUGCCACUUCCAGCAGCAGGCGGGACGACCAGACACACGAGGCGCGCCGGAAGGUCAUCUCGCCAGCCAUUGUCGGAUCCAUGACCGAUCUGGUCGGCUGGCUGGAGACGUCUCUGUCGGUCGCGGCGCACAUCGUGGCGGAUGACGACAAGAAGCACCGCAAGAGCGGCGUGCUGCGGGGGUCAGGCUCUUCUGCUGAUUCGGUGCCAAUGGGCAGCAGAGUCUCCGACGACAGCGGCCAUGGACCUUCGGCGAGCGAGUCCCUCAUUCCUCUGGCCGAGCUGCUGCACACACUGGAGGAGUGGGGCCGAAAGGCGCUGUGUCUUCUGAUGUGGGCCAGCUCCUUGCUGGACCUCCACACGGCCAAGACCCACCACACACACCACGGCACUUCAGUCGCCAUCCGGGACCCCGAGCUGUCGGCCGCUGACCUGUCGGUGCACUACUACCCCUUCCCGAUGGGCCAUCUCGACGGCGGCACAGAGGGGCUGCACGUGGAGCUGGCGGUGCGGUCGGUUCCUGACGCGUCUGGCGGGAUGGCAGCUGACUGGGUGUUGGGUGUGGGUGGCAUGGUGGUGGGCAGCCAGGACGGGGCGGAGGGGAGGGAGAAGAGUGAGGCCGCCAGGGAGGCGGCGGCACGGCUCAUGGACCGACUGGAGGAGACCACUAGUGGAAGGCCUGUUGUGUAGCUAGCUGACUGACCGGCCGUGACCGACUGAGGCGAUUGAUGCGUUGCUUGGAGAAGACCGACGGGCUCGGCUGUUGUGUUCGACGAUUGGAGAGUCGACAGAGAGAAGUCGACUUCCACCCGUCUGUCUGCAGAACCAGCAGGCCAGGCCAGGCCCCGCCUUCAUCUCCAUGGAAUGCAUUGGGCUGCCUGCGAUGGACGAGGGGACUCUGUGUAGACGUUCUUCACACAUAGCAAGAGUGUAGCUCUUUCUUCGUUGGACGCUCAGCACUGACUGAUUUUGUUCUUUUGCAUGUCUGCUUGUAGAUCAGAUGC